UAUUGGUAUUUCCUCAUUUUCUGGGUUUCCUAGUAGCCAUCAGGCAGUUGGAAAUCCCACACAUCCAAUAGUCUCACCCAAUUUUAUGUUAAGGUUAAAUAACAAUCCUACAUUUUGGGAAAGAGUAAUUAGUUGUUUAGACAACGCAUUAAAUAGGAUAUUUUAUCAAUAUUACAUAUUACCAAGAGCUGACAAAAUUAUGAAAGAGAAAUUUGGAGAUGAUAUACAAUCGUUAAAAGAAAUCGAAAAAAAUAUGAGUUUGAUAUUGGUGACUAAAAAUGUUGUUCUUAAUUCUAUAAUACCCAACGUGCCAAGAGUUAUCGAAAUGAGUGGGACCCACAUUAAUCCCAAGAAAAGUUUACCUACAGACAUUAAAGAGUUUUUGGACAAAUCAUCUAAGGGAGUAGUCUAUUUCAGUUUAGGAAGUAGCUCAUUAACUUUCUCCGUUGCUAGAAGAAUCAGACAACCCAAUUUUAUACCAGAAACUGUUAAAAAUAUACCAUACGAUGUUUUAUGGAGAGUAGACACUAAUGAAACUGGACCUUUACAAAAUAAUAUAAUGGCAAAAACCUGGUUUCCUCAACAAGAUAUUUUGGGUCAUCCGAAUUUGAAAGUGUUUGUAACACAAGCUGGAUUUCAAUCUUUGGAAGAAGCUAUAUUCAAUGCAGUACCAGUGGUAGCACUUCCAAUAUUAGGAGACCAACACCAAAAUACGUUUAAAGUUGUAGAAAAAGGAUUUGGAAAAUAUGUUGAAAUUGAAACAGCUACCAAAGAAGAAAUAAUAGAAGCCAUCGUUGAAGUAGCUGAAAAUCCCAAUUACAGAUUUAAAGCAAGGGAAAUGAGUAAAAUUAUAAAGGACCAUCCUAUGACAGGUUUGGAAAAAGCAACUUGGUGGAUUGAAUAUGUUAUUAGACAUAAAGGAUUUUAUCUCAAGGAUCAUGCUGGAGAAAUUCCUUUAUACCAAUAUUUACUUUUAGAUAUAAUAGGAUUUUGCUUCGUAACAGUUGUAAUACUCAUUUAUGCUUAUUUAAAACUCAUAAAAAUAAUAAGGAACUUAUACAUAUUAUAUAAAAACAAGUUUAAAACUGAUUAAACCUAAUAAAAAUGAAAGUAGGGAUGUAAGGUUUCUUUGUGGAGUCAUUCGCAAUUUCAAAUGACUAAAAAUAAACUUGGCUUGUACGCUUUACUUCCACUUUAAUAAACAAAUAAAUAACUUAA